AUGUCUACUAACAAACGUUCAAAGAGUAAACCAAAAGGUAAAACGGUUGCAGAAACUGUAGACAAGCCAACAGUUGGUACAGAUCAAUCUACAUUGGGUCAAAAUGAAAAGAAGAGACAGACAUUUUUUGUAAGAACCAUUUGGACGUUUGUUAUGAUUGCUGGUUUUUUUUUGACUUUAGCUGCAGGUCAUUCAUGGUGUAUUCUACUAGUGUUAUUUUGUGAAUUAAUGACUUUUAAAGAAUGUAUAGCUGUUACUACAGCAUCCUCGAGAGCUAAAAACUUACCUGUCAAUAAAUUUUUGAAUUGGUAUUUAGUCUUUACCACAAUUUACUAUCUAAAUGGGUUGGAUGUUUAUAAAAUCAUUUUAGAAUCAAAUUUUUCCUUAUUAAAGCCUUAUACUGAUCUAAUUAUUGCAAUUUCCUCGCAUCAUAAAUUUAUCUGUUAUUGCUUAUAUGUUUGUGGGUUUAUCAUGUUUGUCAGUUCUUUAAGGAAAGGUUAUUUGAAAUUCCAAAUGGCAUCAUUAUGUGCUACUCACAUGGCUUUAUUAUUUAUCGUCUUUCAAGCACAUUUAAUUAUUAAUAAUAUUAUGACCGGUUUAUUUUGGUUCCUUCUACCAUGUGGUCUAGUUAUAGUUAAUGAUAUCUUUGCAUAUCUAUGUGGUAUCACUUUUGGAAAAACUAAAUUGAUUGAAAUCUCUCCAAAGAAAACUUUAGAAGGUUUUCUGGGUGCAUGGUUUUUCACAGCUAUUGCUAGUAUUAUCUUAACCAGAAUUUUAUCGCCAUACUCCUAUUUAACAUGUCCAGUUAAUAAUAACCUACUUUAUUCAAAUUACUGGAACCCACCAAAUAAUUGUGAAUUGAAUCCAAUCUUUAGAUCCCAAACUUACAAUUUAAAUCAUGUUAUUUUUGAAAGAUUGCAUAUCACUUCUAUCACAAUUAAACCAAUCUAUAUUCACUCUCUAAAUUUGGCCACAUUUGCAUCUCUUUUUGCUCCAUUCGGUGGGUUUUUCGCGUCUGGUUUGAAGAGAACUUUUAAAGUGAAAGAUUUUGGUCAUUCUAUUCCAGGUCACGGUGGUAUUGCAGAUAGAGUGGAUUGUCAAUUCUUAAUGGGGUCUUUUACAAAUCUAUAUUUUGAAACUUUCAUCUCUGAGAAGAGAUUUUCUAUUGAAACUAUCGUCUCUACAAUUUUACUAAAUUUAAAUAAUAAUGAUAUUUUGACUUUAACUUUACAAUUGCUAACCACUCUAAGGGAUAGGGAGGUUUUUGAUGAAAAUACUUUGAACGUUGCUAUUGAUACCAUCUCAAAAUUAUUAAAUUAA